AUGAAUAAUGGUCUUGAUCACGAGAAUAUGAGCGAAGAGGGAGGAAAUGGAAGAGAAUUGGAGCUUGAAGUCAAAAGACCUUCGAUGAGUUUUGUCUUAAAUAACCCUCGAUUCAAGACAAAAACAACAAAAAUCAUGAAGCAUUAUGAAACUAACAAAUUUAAAAAGCGUCUCAAAUCCAACUCAGAUCUGAUGAAAUUUUGGUUGUUCAAGUUUAUUGUCCCAGAAGCAAAACAAAAUAUUGAACUUUUGAUAUUUGAAUGUGACAAAAUGUGGACAAAAAGCUGA